CCCACAACCACACCACCUUCAUCUACGCAAGGGGCGUUACAGCCUACCUCCACUCCUUUCCAUCAACGACGGGUCUCUUCUCAACCUUUCACCACGUUUCAUGAGGAGAAGCACGAGGUAUUCGUGCGAGCAGAACGCGAAAUCGGUGGCAAAUACACUACAAUGACCAUACGCUCAGUCCUGGACUCUCUUCCGCAACCGAAAGACAAGACGUUGCCUGAGGUUGACCCCUCGCCCUACUCUGAAAUCGCCAAUCAGCGACUUGAAAAGGACAUGUAUGAUCCCUUCAAUCAGGCCAUGGCUCCGUUUAUCUCCAAAGAGUGGUCGAUAGUCAACUCUUCCAGCUCGGGAGACGAGGACUUCGCCUUUUUUGCCCAGGGUCAUGUUAUAAAACCCGACGUGACUAUCUAUCCCAAAAAAGGCGCUCCAGCUAAGUGCAACGUCCGUGGUCUAGAGACGUUUAUCGAGUUCAAGGUCGACAAGUACGAUGAUCCUUUCGAAAACAAGGACGACAAUCAGGCCAUAGAAGUCCUCGAAAACAAAAAGGCGCGAGAUACUCGUGGACAACUCGGGUUGUAUAUGAAUGCUAUCCAAGCUAGUCAGCAGCGAACACGAGUCUUUGGUAUCUAUAUAAGACGUCAAGUUUGCUGCAUUCUGCGUCACUCGCGAAGCGGUACAGAAGUAACUCCUCUAUUUGAUUGGACUAGUACUACAUAUCUUCAAGAGUUCCUUUGGCGGCUGUCUCACGCAAAAGACGCCGAGAGUCGCGGGCACGAUACCAGUUUCGUCCCUCUAGAGUCUACAGACCACAGAGCUGAGGCAGCCCGCCAGAUGCUAGGACUCAAGAAGAAUGCCCCUCUUUAUGAAGUCUUUGUCUACAGUCAGGAGGAUGGAGGCUGUCGAUCCUUUAUUGUCUCCGAGCCCUUCACUAAUACUCACACAUAUCCUAUUGGACGCGGAACUCGGUGCUUUGAGGCAUAUGACUAUAAUGAAGGGUGCAAACCGCGGCUUGUACUUCUCAAAGAUUCCUGGCGCGUGGCUUCCUACGGUCGUGAAAGUGACACAUACGCCAAAUUGAAAAAGGAAGGGGUGCCAUACAUACCUGACGUUGUGACUGCCGGUGAUAUUCCAGGGAUACUACAAGAGUGUGGCGCAGGCGAGGAAAGCUUCCGUCACCUUGUCCACUUUCGCCUCGUCUUGAAACAGGUGGGGCGGCCUAUCAUGAGCUUCACUUCAACAUGGGAACUUGUCAAUGCGAUUUCUUGUGCAUUUAAGGCUCACCAUCAAGCUGUCAAGAAGGCUCGCAUUCUGCACCGAGAUAUUUCAGUCGGCAACAUCAUCAUCGAUAAAGCCACUGGCGACGGAUACCUCAUUGACUGGGAAAUGGCAAAAUCAAUUGACGAUGAGGCUCCGAGAACGCAUGAGCGAACAGGAACACUGCAAUUUCGUUCUGUUCUGCUUUUGCGGCGUGGAAAAGCGUUGCAUAAGGUUGUUGACGACAUUGAAUCGUUCGUUCAAGUCCUUCUAUGGAUCACUUUGAGAUACGUCAAGAGCAAAUUGCUGCCUGAAGAUCGCAAGACUUUUCUUGGAUACUUCGACUUCGAGUCGGUAGUGGGAUCCAAAUUGUUGCUUCUAACAAAUGACAGACUAAUCGGCUCAUUGUCACUUUUAUCUUCUCCACACUUCAAGGAGCUCCUGAAAGGUCUUCAAUUUCACGCUGGACUGCGUUAUAUCGACGAGGAUAGUCUCCUCGCGCUGAAAGAACUACACGCCGAUUUGGAUCAACGUCUUGAGCGCAUGAAUACCCACGAGUGGAUGGAAGGCUACAUGGAUAGCUGCCUGGCUAACGAGGAAUGGAAGUCGACAACGCAUGAUGGUUCGGAAGACCAAAUGCCCACUCUGGCCACAAAACGGGAAAGGGAAGAAGUAAAUAGAAAGUCGCAGGAGCCCGAAUACAAGGACGAGCCAAUUCGAAAACGAGCCAAAACCGGUUCGAGUGUUGUAUCUGGGUAAUCCUAGUGCUCAUUGGACUACAGUAUAUCACAUAAUUAAUCAUAUUACC